CACACACUGAGGUAGUUAGCAGUCAGUCUCUGAGCACAGAUAAGAGCUGUGUGUGUGAUGACAGAAAGUGUGUGUAGGAUAGAAAGUGUAUGAGCGCCCCUCACACACACUCACUCUUACAGUAGUGAUGAUGGUCAUCCACUCCUGGAGCGGGAACGGCAGCGGCUCGGUGUUUCCUCCCGGGGCGGGCGGCAGUGCCGGAGACCCCCCGGCGCCCCCGGGGUCCCCCGGCCUGAGCCGGACCGGGCACUCGGUGGUGGCGGUCUGCCUGGGCUUCAUUCUCUUCUUCGGCUGCUUCAACAAUCUGCUGGUUCUGCUGGUGUUCGCCCGGUUCCGCUCGCUCUGGACCCCCAUCAACGUGGUUCUGCUGAACAUCAGCGCCAGCGACAUGCUGGUGUGUCUGUUCGGGACCCCGUUCAGCUUCGCCUCCAGUCUGUACGGCCGGUGGCUGCUGGGGCAGAGCGGCUGCGAGUGGUACGGGUUCGCCAACUCGCUGUUCGGGAUCGUCUCUCUAGUCUCGCUGUCUGUCCUGUCAUACGAGCGCUAUAUGGCGGUAUUGCGAGCCACCAAACCGGACACCUCAGAUUUCCGUAAAGCCUGGCGCUGUGUGGCGGGUGCCUGGCUCUACUCGCUGGUGUGGACUCUGCCUCCAUUCUUAGGCUGGAGCAGCUAUGGGCCUGAAGGUCCAGGAACCACCUGUUCUGUGCAGUGGCACCAGAGAUCCCCCAGCAGCGUCUCGUAUGUGGUGUGCCUGUUCAUCUUCUGCCUCGUCCUGCCACUGCUCCUCAUGGUGUACUGCUAUGGCAAGAUCCUUUUUAUCAUUAAAGGGGUGACUAAGAUCAAUCUGCUGUCAGCACAAAGGCGGGAGAACCACAUUCUACUGAUGGUGCUGACGAUGGUGUCCUGCUACCUGCUGUGCUGGAUGCCCUAUGGGGUGGUUUCCCUGAUGGCCACCUUUGGAAAGCAAGGACUAAUCACGCCAGUUGCCAGCGUGGUGCCCUCAGUGUUAGCCAAGAGCAGCACAGUGAUCAAUCCGGUUAUAUACGUGCUCUUCAACAACCAGUUCUACAGGUGCUUCAUAGCUUUUGUAAAGUGUGGAGCAGAGCCCUCUAUACAAACCCUGAACCCCCCACACAACAGCAAGGAGGAAGCCCCUGCGUCCAGCUUUUGUAGACCCUGGAGCCACAGUAAGCUUUCCCCGGCGAGAGAGUGCCGCACCCUGUCCCUAGUGGUUCACUACACGCCCUGAUGGACAGAAUGGCAUUCUGUUCAUCUCAUAUGCAUCUGUUGCCAUAAAAUGGGACAUCCUGACUUUGCUCACUAAUCAGAGUAGGAUGAUGGACAGACCCAGGGGUCUGUGGGCAACUUCCAGGAACUGCAGGCCAGUGGGAUCCCCCUGAAGGCUGACAAACUUCAAACUACAGCAGUGUCAAUGUGUAACGUUUGCAGUGACUGUAGGAAAAACCUGAGACCUCUCUAAAAGGGGCCCUGUCUGACUGCACUCAGUCUUGUUGCGAGUGGCGUGCAUUAAAAAUGUUGUAAAGAAAAAGAAGGAAGAAGCAAGCGAGGUAGUGUUGAGAGAGGCAGAUAAAUAGCAUUAAUUUUAAUGCUUAAUAUAAAAAUGCUGCUAUUUUUGGCUUUAGGAGUAGGGGAAUGACCGCUUGCAUCACUUUAUCUCUUUUGUUUACUCUAAGGUUUAACAUUAAUUAAGCCAUCUAGUGUGUCCAGCUCUGUUGUGUGUAAUGUGAUGAAUGCUAAGUUGUGUAAAUUACACACAAAGAAGUUUGGACAUGUUUACAGAUAAGGUAUAUUGGUGUAAAUAAUUGUAAUAUACAUGCAAUGUGAUACAUGUAGUUUUUUUGUUUUUUCUAUAUACAUAAUGUAGACUUGUGGGUUUUUUUAUGCUAAAAAAAAUAUUUUUUACUAUACAAAACCUAUAGCAGGUAACUAGUUUAGCUCCAGUGCAUCAGUUCAGUUCUCUGUUUUGGAACUAUUGCAUUAUUCCCAGGUAGUAAAAAUAAUGUCCACAUGCUGAGCCUGAGUUGCAUUGGCUCUAGUUUAAAUCUAGGCCAGAUUCUGGCCUAAAUGUUUGUUGAGUGUUUCAUGUGCCAUAUUGAGAAAAGUAUGAGAACACCCUGGUUGCUGAGAAUAGUAUGGGAAUUGGCCAGAGCCACAUGUGCCAACACCCUGGUUGCCGAGUAUAGUAUGGAAACUGGGCUGAGACGCAUUUGCCAACACCCCGGUUGCUGAGAAUAGUAUGAGAAUUUGCCAGAGCCACAUGUGCCAACACCCCGGUUGCUGAGAAUAGUAUGGGAAUUGGCUCAAGUCACAUGUGCCAACACCCCAGUUGUUGAGUAUAAUCAACAAUUGACCUGUAUUACUUGUGUCAACACCCCAGUUUCCGAAAACAGUAUGGUAAUUGGCCUAAUCAAAAUGUACAAACAUCUUGGUUGCCAAGUAUAUAUUUGUGGCAGUUUAUUUACAAUAAUAAUAGAAAGUAAGUCACUCUGGAUAAGAGCGUCAGCUAAAUGCCAUAAAUGUAAAAUAACAGUGAUAAACGCUCAUUGGAGAAACCCCCUGUGAAAUGUUGCCUUGUAUCUCAAAAGACUCUUAAAUUACAACUAAAUAGAUCACAUGAUCAGUGCUUUUCUGUCACAGUCAAGCAAUUCACAAAAAAAACUAAAAACAAACAAAAAAAAUCAAUGUAUUAUAUUAGGAACACCAGUAGUGUGGUGUCUUGUAGUGCGGUUGAUGGUCCAGAAAGGUUGUGUUUAAUAACAGCAUCCACCCACACACCCACAACAAAGUGCAAAAAUGCAGCAGCAUCGUUAUCUGAAACUUCAUAAUGAGCCUCACCACAGUAGGAUCUGUGAAGGCUGAUCUCAGCAGCUAAACAGAGCGGCUUAUUAGUGGAGAUAACUCCACCAGUUGUCCAGUAGAGUGCUUAUUUUCUCCACUUCACUGCUCAUGGGUGCAGCAAAAAACAUUGAAUUAAGCAGAAAACUGUAAAACACACUCUAAAACAUUAUGAUAUCUCCUCAGUUAACAUUAUGAAAUGAUCUGUAUUUUUAUAAAACAUUUUAUUACAGUAAUAACAAGUGACAGUACUUAACAGUAAAAACAAAAACAAGACCAUAACAAGGGAAAAAUGUUAAAUUUCAGAAUUGAACGGAUGUUAAAAGUGACAGGUAUAAUUAAUUAAAGUCACAUGAUUUUGCAGAAGUUUUAUGCACCUAAAAACAAUGUUUAAAACAAUUUAUAUCACUACUAAGAAGAGAGUCUUUGCUUUCAAAACUACAAAUCACAUUAGAACAGAUACAUGUUUACAAAAAUACAGCAAAAUGAAACGCAAAUUUCUCAUUGUAAUAAAAGUUGUUGAGAUUCGUCUAGAGAACAAAGUCUGGUUUCAAAUUUCUUCAACCUCUGAUUUACUCUGAUAAUGAAUGAAAGCUAUGUCAGCAGUGUUUUAUAGAGGACAGAUAUUAUGGAGAGUGAACAGCAGAGCAAAAUCAGGGUGCAGUAAUUCUUAAUACCAGUAGUAGGAGCUCCUGUAUUCAGCAGAAAGCACAAUUUAUCUCGUCUCCUGAUGCACAGACUCACAGCAUCUGUACAGAAAAAUAAAGGAAUCUAAUAAUUUGAUGUCUCAGGUGCACACUACUGUUCAAAGUUUAAAGGGUUAAAUUCUGUUGGAAAAUAAAUACAGAACUUCUUAGAAAAUGUUUUAAAAGUGGUGAAUAAAUCGAGUUCUGCAAUUUUUUUUAAAUAAUUUAAAACCGUAAACAGAUAAAAGCCUUAAAAUGUGUUGUAAAUGUAGUAAUACAGUAAGUAUGUACUGAUUACAGUCAGAGGAUCAAAUGGACUGAAAUAGAUUUUUUUUGUACAUUUGUGCCUUCUCAUGUACAAUUAACAUAACUGUGUUUUUCAAUAUGUGCAUCAUAUUUAUAUUUAUGUAUUGUCACUGUCAUGCAAAAACAUUAUAUCCCUUAGAAAUAUCAUUUUUUGAGAUUUUCUGUUGGUCUAUUUAUUGUAAAUUUCAUCAUAAAUAUUUUAAAGGAUAGCUGUAAGAUUUAAAUGACUGUAUAUUAAAAAAGUUUAAAAACAGCAGAUAUUUAACUUGAGGUUUUUAUAGGACAGUUAUGAUCUGUAUGUUGUUUAUUGUUGUUGCCAUCUCAAUGUUGGAGGGGGUUACAUUGUGUCUUAAAUGACUUGGACUAAAAUCUUGAUAUAUUAAUGCACAAUAAUGUUUUUUUCUUCCUUUUACUGUAAAGAGAAAAUUUCGGAGAUGUUACAAAAGAACAGACAUUCACCAUUUUUCAUAUGAAUUUAUUAUCUGUGUACUGUUUAACACUGCAAUUCCUUGUGAAACUGGAGCUUUAAUGGAGCAUUAAUGACAUCGAGCCAUAUUAUUGCAAGAACUACUCAACUAAGUAAAGAAAAAAAAAUACUUUAAGAACUGAAGGUCAGUCAAUCCAAAAAAUGUCAAAACUUUUAAAGUAUCCUCAAGUGAGGUCACAAAGACCAUCAAAAAUGUUAUAAUGAAACUGUCUCUCAUCAGGGCCGCCCAGGAAAAGAAGAGCAAGAGUUACCUCUGAUAGACAGGAUAUGUUAAUCAGAGUUACCAGCUCCUAGGAGCAUUUUAUUUUGUGUAACACUUUUUUUUUUGUCACUACAUGAUUCCAUAUGUGUUCCUUUAUAGUCUGGAUGACUUCAGUUUCCAUUUGCAGUGUAGAAAAAAUAAAAAGUAAAUGAGAAGAUGGGUCCAAACUUUUGUCUAAUACUGUGCAUCCUGAUCCAUUAAGGUAUGUUCAGGUCGAUACAAACUUCGUCUGACAUCAGAGAAAAUCCUUGUCUAAGCAGUUUAAUCAGAGGAGUGUGAUUCACGCGCUCUGCUAAGUUUAU